UUAAGCUUGUCCUUAAUAGAUGUUUUGUAUAUUUUGGAAAGUUUCUUCAGUUUGUUGCAUUUGACUAAAAGACAAGACAGUCGAAGUUUCAUCAUGUUUAUUAAUGUCAUUUUUAUUUGUUGUGUUGUAUUUGCCGUCACUGUGGCAAUACCAUUGGACACAACCGUUCCACCCGACAUAACUUUCACUACUUUGAAGGAGGAUUCUUCACCAGAAAUUUUAGCCACUUCUAAUGUUGAAGCCAACGAAGAAUCAAGUGAAAGAACCAAUAUAUUCAUGAAUGAGGAGUUGGAAUUGCUAGCGAUGAAUCUGCCUAAUUUAUUCCGGAGAGAUACUAGUUACGUGGAAGGCGCCUUCCCAUUAAGAACUCCUGAUGAAACGCAUAAUGAAUAUGAUGAAGAAGAAGAACCAUCUCCAGGUACACAAGAGGCUGAAUCUUCUGAGCCAGUAGACGAAAGCAAAAUGAAGAGACGAGAUUUGCAUCUUAAGGCUUUCAAAGAUACUCACUCUCCUGAUCCAAACUUUCGGAAAUAUCUUAACAGAAGAAAGAGGAGAAUUAGCCUCCAAAAAUUGUAAUUUUCCCCACUUUUUGAAAAUAGUUCAAGAGUAAUAAUGUCAUUGUUCUAUGGGCUGAAUAUAAUUAAGAUAUCCUUGAACAUAAGAAAAGAUAGCAUAAUGGAAUGCCUUGAAGGGAUGCAACGUAACUGCUGAGCUCCAAGUUACACAUCGGAGGAUUGUAGCAUUUUAAGAUACGAGUAUUUUCAUGUUGUAACCUAUAGACCUGAGCACAUUUUUGUAAGCAAAUUCAUUUUUUUCAAAAUACUGUAAAAACAAUAUAACAUAUAAUGCAGAAGAAUUACAGUACAUUGAUUUCAUAUACGCGGUGGUUCAACUUCUCUCUUAACAUUUUCUAUCUUAUUUGAAUAAUUCUUAUUGAAUGUCUAACUUUUUCAAUACUUUCUUUGUUUGGUGCUAUAGUAUAUUUCUAAGUAAAUUUGAAUUGUUUCAUCUUUUUAAAUACGACCUUUUUAGUCAGAAGUAAUUAUUUACAAGACUAGGGCACAAAAUCUUUGCUAACACUAACCACGGCCAGUUAGUGUUUUCGUACCACAAAAAUCCAAUUGAAGUUAAACGCCCUAAAAUUAUGUCACCUAACGGAGAAGAAAUAAACAAAUCUAACAGAAAUGGAAAUGACGUUAUUUUACGGCGGUUAAAUUCAAUUUGACUUUGGUGCUACUGGCCCUAACUCUAAAAAUUGAAAGUUAAAAAGGAGGGAUAAGAUUACUCCAUUUAUUUAGGUCCAAAUACAAUAAAUGGUAUUAAAAAAAGUUUAAUAUAUAGUUAUUGAGUUAAUUAUCAACUUUGGUCUAUAAUAGAAGGAUUUAUAAACAUAUUAAACUAUAGGAGUUGAAUGAAUUAAAAAAUUCUAUAAACAGCAAAGAUAUUAAUUUAAGAGAGGUUUAAUAAUAUUUAUUUCAUAAACUUUUACAAAGUUGAGUUGUAAGACUCAUCAUAAUAUAUUAAGAAUAAAUUUAUGACGACUAUUUGAUAACUCAUGAAUAAAUAAACCAAUGUUUAAUAAUUAUAUUCUAUCAACACAUGAGAAAUUUAUGCACGUUAUUUGUGUGGAAGCUACAACAAUUUCUAAUAACUUGGGAUUUUUUAUAAACUGAUUUAGCACCAUGAUACCUCUACUAAUCUAGUACCACCAUUCUACCAGAAUAAGGAACUAGAUAUCGACAAAUCACAGUUUUGUGAUUUAUUGCGAGAAAAUGUAGAGAGCCUACCACACAAAUAGUAUAAAACUACAAUACUUAUUAUUACGGUAACUAUUUUGUGACUCACAAAAAUGAUACUGUACGGUAAAUAAUUCAUUGUUAGGCCUAACUAGUUAAAAAAAGUAUUCACAAAACUUUAGAUCACAUGAGAAUAACAUGAAAAAACUAUUUUCACUCAUCUUUAGCAGUGAACAGAAAUAGAAUUGAAUAUUGGCAGCGAAUAAUUUCCCCUUACUUGUACAGCAUUCUAAAACUAUUUGUGCCAUUCAUAACGUAAUUUCUAAGGAUGGCCAAUAACGACAGGACAAGUGUGAUGAACAUGUGCCAUACAUUGUCGUGUCAUCACAGUGAAAGGUUUCGAUAACAUUUUUUGAGGUAAGGUUUUUGUAUCUUCGAUUUUUGUUGUUUAGUUUUUCUUCGCUGCUUUAUUUGAGAUUAAAUUAUUUUUUAUCAUUAUCCAGUGGUUUAUUUAUUGUUAUUGGUUUUUUUUAUGUUAGAAGCUGCUGUCGAACAGCUGUUUUUUGUUCGAAGCCUCCCGCUGAUGGCACAACAUGCAUGACGAGCAUGUGUGUAUAGUGAGGUUUACGUUAUAAUAACAGGAUUUGAUUAUCAUUGGUGUUGCUAUCCUUGUCUCUCAUUCGACAAAGCAGAUAACACUAUCCUUUUCUACCUCUUCAACUUUGAUAGAUCGUUUUUCAACAAUGUAAAAAUAUAAUUAACUAGCAGGUAAGCCGUGCUCCGCCCGCAAGGGUUUGUUUAAAGCACAAAUAGAUUGAAUUCAGCUUCAGUUCCAUCCUGAUAUUGGAAGUAAUAAGUUACAAUAAAAACUAUUUUAUUGGGCUUACAUCUCACUUAAACUUAAUAAAUUU